UUCUUUGGAAUACAUACUUAUGAAUGCAUAAUUUUUGACUAUAGUUUAUUUAUUUUUUAUUAUAAACUUACUACUUUAUAGUAUUAAAUGUCGUGUGAAUUAUUUUGUUCUUAAAAUAAAUUUCUAAAAACUUUGUAUUAUCGUACUAUUAAUUAUUUUAUUUACAUUAAAAAUAUUAUUUAUUUGUUUAUCAUUUUUUAGAAGUUUUACUAAGUAUUACAUUUAAUUAUGUAAUUACCUAAACUUGUGAAUAUUUUAAAAUGAGUCUGGUGUAAUACAUAAAUCGGUAAAAUGUCUGAAAAUGAAGUAAGAUUGAGAAAAAAAGAAGGUGGAGAAGGAGAUUUACCAGAUAAAAUUGACCAUGAAGUUAAAGACUAUAAACAAGAAAUUACCAAAAAUAAUCAAGAAACGGUAGAUGAUAGUCAAUCAUAUGUUAUAACAAAUACUAUACCUCCUAUGGUUAGGCGUUAUAGACCUGUGCGUAAAAUAUAUAGUGCUUAUGUAAAUUUAAGAAAAUUAAGAAAUCCUAAACAGUGGUAUGCAAACUCAUAUAGUUUUGGUAACCAAGUAUCAUUCAAUAGUCGAUCAAAUAGUAAUCGUAGGUGUAAAAAAGAAGAUAAUGAUUCUGAAGAUGACAAAAACAUUGAUCUCUCAGCAAAAAUACCAUCUGGUACAAAUAAAAUGCCGUUUAUGCUAGAAAAAUUACUUAGUGGGAUAUCAGAAAGGUGGAGAAAUUGGAUAAUUCGAGGCAUUUUUGGCUGGUUAAUGAUUGGUUUGUUUUGUCUUUUAUGUUAUGGUGGACCAUUAGCUUUAAUGAUUGCUGUUUUAGUAGUUCAAGUGAAAUGUUUUGCAGAAAUAAUAAAUAUUGGAUAUUCUGUAUACCGUAUUCAUGGGCUCCCUUGGUUCCGUUCUUUGUCUUGGUAUUUUUUGAUGGCUUCAAAUUAUUUCUUUUAUGGAGAAAGUCUUGUUGAUAUUUUUGCAGUAGUUGUUAAUAAAACUGAAAACCUCAAAAUGUUAGUUACUUAUCAUCGGUUUGUUUCAUUCAGUUUAUACAUAGCUGGUCUUGUGUGGUUUGUACUAUCUUUAGUACGAAAAUACUACAUGAAACAGUUUUCUUUAUUUGCAUGGACUCAUGUAUCACUUAUGAUUGUAGUAUCUCAAAGCUACUUUAUUAUUCAAAAUAUAUUUGAAGGACUUAUCUGGUUCAUUGUACCAGUUUCGAUGAUCAUAUUAAAUGACAUUUGGGCAUAUGUAUUUGGAUUUUUCUUUGGACGAACCCCCCUUAUACAAGUAUCUCCCAAAAAAACCUGGGAAGGAUUUAUUGGAGGUGGUGUAGCAACUGUUGUUUGUGGUAUUGUUAUGUCAUAUUUUCUUUGUCAAUAUCCAUAUUUUGUUUGUCCAGUUGAGUAUAGUGAUAAAUUGGGCAGAAUGAUGAUUGAUUGUGAGCCAUCACCAUUAUUUACUCUUCAUGAAUAUGUUUUACCAGAUUUAUUAACUUGGCCAUUGAGUAUUUUUGGAAUGUCUGAUAAAGUAACUAUGUAUCCUUUUAUGAUACAUGCAUUUUGUAUGUCUUUAUUCAGUUCUAUUAUAGGCCCAUUUGGUGGAUUUUUUGCUAGUGGUUUUAAGCGUGCAUUUAAAAUUAAGGACUUUGGGGAUGUAAUUCCAGGACACGGAGGAAUAAUGGACCGUUUUGACUGUCAAUAUCUUAUGGCUACAUUCGUAAAUGUUUAUAUCUAUAGUUUUGUAAGCACACCAACAUUACAAAAAACUAUUCAACAGGUAUUUACUUUAAGGCCUGAAGAACAACUUCAGUUAUUUUAUAUUCUUAAAGGGUCUCUGGAGAAUCGAGGUAUACUUAAUGUUCAAUAAUUGAAACAGCAGAAAUUUUUAUUCAACUGUAACUUUUACAUUCCAUCUUUCAAAUAUAAAAGCUAAAGAGAUAGUCUUGGCAGGAGAAAGAUAAAGUACAAUUGUUGGCAAUUAUAUUACCAAAUCAGUUUUGUAGUUUUUUCAACUAUUAUGAUGGUAGAUAAUAAUAUAAAAUUAAUAUGUUUA